GUUAGCCAAAGUUUGACGUCGAUGGCUUACGUGGGGUGUGAUUUAUGAGAUUCCUCGGCAAAACCCAAGCUCUGCAUAGCCGGCGAGGCCGGUGUCCGCCUUAAGCCGGUCGCCGGACUUAUACGAUGCUGGGAACGAUUUCGCCGUUCGAUAUUCACAUCAUAUUCCUGUAACGUUGUGGCUCUUGUGGUUCCAACAUAUGCAAAAUGCCGCUCCAAUACUCCGCCAAGUUCUCUGAAGCCCUUGUGCCACUCAUUCCGACUCUAAAGUCCAGAGCAAAACCGGAAACCCACGAUAUAGAAGGGCGCAGAAAGAAUCAUGCCCUCAUCAUCCAGAUGUUGUCUCAUCUUCCCGACGUCCCUCAAGUCGAGGAGACUGUCCACCAUGUCGAAGCCGAAGACGGCUACCAGAUUGCUGUACACGCCUUCACAGUGAAAUCGCAACAGCAAUCCAAAAUCCCAACAGCCGGCGUGCUCCACUGUCAUGGUGGAGGCAUGAUCAUGGGAUCCGUAGCUGGGUUUAGUAAGGGCAUUGCCAAUACCGUCGCGAGGACUGGCAUCCCAUUCUUCAGCGUCGACUAUCGCGUUGCUCCGGAACACACGGGCACCGAAGGCACGGGAUUGGUCGACGACUGCUAUGCAGGGCUGGUGUGGCUGUCCAAACACACGGCAGAGUUCAACGUCGAUCCAAGCAGAAUUGCAGUCAUGGGCGAAAGUGCAGGUGGUGGUAUCGCCGCCGGAGUCGUCCUCAAGGCUCGCGAUAAGAGCCUGCAACCUCCCGUGGCCAAACAAGUGCUGAUUUACCCCAUGCUGGAUGACAGGAACAACAAGCCCAUUGAGGCUCUUGAGCCGCUGGCGAUCUGGAAGGUUGGUGACAACAUCACUGGAUGGACGGCCUUGUUGGGCGACAAGGCUGGAGAUCCUGAUGCCAAUGUACCCGAGUACGCUGCUCCUGCCCGGGCAAAAGACUUGUCAGGUCUCCCACCAACAUACAUUGAUUGUGGUGGUCUGGAUAUUUUCCGCGACGAAAGUAUCGAGUACGUGCGGCGCCUGGCUGUUGCAGAUAUUGACGUCGAGUUUCAUUUGUACCCUGGUGUUCCACAUGCAUUCGAAAUAGUCGCCUUUGAUAUACCGGUCAGUAAACAGGCAUUCGAGAAUCGGGACAAAGCUCUGGCGACUGUAUAGACUUGCUAUACUAAGCACCUGUCUUGUGAU